GUAUGGGUAUGUGCCUCGUCCAUUCUUCGGCCGUUAUUAUUGUCAAUCAGUACUUUAGCAAAAGACGUGGAUUGGCCAAUGCUCUAGCGGGGUGGGCAGUUUGGGCCUUCAUUGUUCCUGCUGCAAUCAAUUUUCUGUUCGAGUAUUACGGAUUCCUCGGAGCCUUUCUAAUACAAUCAGGAGUAGUGUUACAUAUCAUUGUAUGUGGAUCCCUUUUCAGACCUCUUCUUAUCGACAUCAACAGCAAAAGGAAGAGUCAGCAAACAGCAAAUCCAAAACACUCAAUCGAAAGUGGCCAGGUCGAUAAAGAAUGCUGUUACAUCACAGAUAUCAAUGAUACUGUCAGUGGCGGGUUUUAUUUUGGAGGACUUUGUACGACCGGCGGAGCUCUCAUCUUUGCAACGGCAAAUAUAGUGCAUUGGAACAAAACUAAGAGCCGGCCUAAAUUUGUGAGCGACAAUUCAAAAAUAUCAGAAGGCGAUACGUUCCCAAACCGAGGUGAUACAUCAUGCAGAUUAGAAAGCUUCAGGCCUAUGAACUAA